AUGUCUUCCAAGAAGAAUAAAAGCAAAUCAAAGAAGACAAAUGAAGGAGAAAGUUCACUCGUGCUGAAAGAUGGAUCCAAUGACUCCAACCUGCAAACCUCUGGCCAGGAAGGAGCAAGCUGCAGAAGUUCACACUGCAACUCCUUCACUGUCAUUGAUUUCAUUGAGAAAGCUGAUGACAAAACACCCAAAAGUUGCAGAUCGUCUUUGGCACAAAUGAGCCUCAAUUCAAUGAAGUUAGCCAGCGUGUGCAUCAGUAGACCAGUCCUGCUGACGAGUCCUGCAGGACAACAGGAGGUGUGUUUGGGAUGGCCUGUUGCCUCUUUCCCCGGUGGAAGAGUCGGCCUUCAGAAAUGUGUCCAGAACAACCUGAGAGUGAAAACAGGGGAUGAAGUGAUGCUGCAGCCACUAACAGGGCCUGUGCUGCAGGCUGAGGAGGUGUUUCUGUCUUCUAGGUCAAAAGAUGACAAACUUGAUACAGACGAGUUCAAGAACUUCCUCCUGAUGUCUUUAGUUGGAAACAUCGUUCUGCCAGGAAACGUCCUGUCCCUGACCUACUUCGGCCGGUCUUGUAGCCUCCGGGUUGAAGCUGUAAGAGGGGAGGACGGCGUCACCCUCCAGAGACCAGCUCCUUUGUCAGGAUCUGGCCCUGACACGGAGGAGUCCUCUGUGAUGAACUCUGUGCUGGACUCUUCAUCCACUGACCUCUCCCUGCAGCUGAGCCUGCUCACUGUGGAUGACACCGGGACACCAGGGACGCCUGGGGAGCCCUGUCUAGCAGCCAGCACCCCACUAAGACCGGCCAACCUCGCUUCUCUCCCCUCACCCACCACUCCCUCCUACAACUCCCAGAAUCCCCCUGCAGGGUCAGGGGAAAAUACCGUCAGUCUGGAGGCGUCACUAAGCUCAGAGCAGGCAGAGAAAAUCCCCACAGCCUCCCCUGCUGGUGCUUUGAGUACUGACACCUUCUACUGCCUCUCCUGCUCCACCAAAGUGAGUUUCAGAGCAGGGCAGGAGGAUCCAGAUGCAGAUGCCAAAAGGUCAAAGGUCAUGUAUAGCAUGAUUGGCGGGCUCAGCAGCCAGUUGGAUGUUAUCAGAGAGACAAUUGAGCUUCCUCUGAAACACUCUGAGCUGUUCUCCAACUACGGGAUCCCACCUCCUCGAGGAGUUCUCCUGUAUGGUCCGCCGGGCACAGGGAAGACGAUGAUUGGACGAGCUAUAGCCAAUGAGGUCGGAGCUCACAUGAUAGUGAUCAAUGGGCCGGAGAUCAUAAGCAAAUUUUACGGUGAAACAGAAGCGAGGCUCAGGGAGAUAUUCACUGAGGCGUCUCAGAGGCAACCUGCGAUAAUCUUUAUUGAUGAGCUCGAUGCUUUGUGUCCGAAGAGAGAGGGGGCGCAGAACGAGGUGGAGAAACGAGUUGUUGCUUCUCUCCUGACUCUGAUGGAUGGGAUUGGUUCAGAGGGUCACUCAGGUCAGCUGUUGAUCCUGGGGGCCACAAACCGACCCCACGCCCUUGACCCUGCACUGCGUCGACCGGGACGCUUUGACAAGGAGCUAGAGGUGGGAGUUCCUGGUGCUACAGAGCGUGCAGAUAUUUUGCACAAGCAGCUGAGUUCGGUACCAUGCAGCGCCACCACUGAGGAGAUGACGCAGCUGGCCGACACCGCUCAUGGAUACGUAGGAGCAGACCUCGCAGCUGUUUGCAAAGAAGCAGGUUUGCAUGCACUACGGCGAGCAUUGGGAAGUGUCCACCAACCAUUGGACCAGCAGCUGAUGGGGACAGUGACCGUCACCUUGCAGGACCUCCAGUGGGCCAUGUCUGCUGUGAAGCCCAGUGCCAUGAGGGAGGUUGCUAUCGAUGUCCCCAAGGUCCGCUGGUCAGACGUAGGCGGGAUGGAGGAAGUGAAGCUGAAACUGAAGCAGGCUGUGGAGUGGCCUCUCAGGCACCCUGAGGCCUUCACACGCAUGGGGAUCCAGCCACCUAAAGGAGUCCUGCUCUACGGACCCCCAGGCUGCUCUAAAACCAUGAUAGCCAAGGCCCUGGCCAAUGAAAGUGGGCUCAACUUCCUUGCUGUCAAAGGGCCAGAAUUACUGAACAAGUAUGUUGGAGAGUCUGAAAGAGCCGUGAGAGAGGUGUUUCGGAAGGCGAGGGCCGUCUCUCCCGCCAUCGUCUUCUUUGAUGAGAUUGACGCUCUCGCCAGUGAGAGAGGAAGCUCCUCAGGAUCUGGCGGCGUAGGCGACCGGGUCCUGGCUCAGCUCCUGACAGAGAUGGACGGCAUCGAGCAGCUCCAGGACGUCACUGUGUUGGCCGCCACCAACCGGCCCGACAUGAUCGAUAAGGCUCUGAUGCGUCCAGGUCGCCUUGACCGAAUCGUCUACGUGCCCCUGCCAGAUGCUCCAACCCGACGGGAAAUAUUUUCCCUCCAAUUUCGUCACAUGCCAGUGGUUGAAGAUGUGUCUCUUGACGACCUGGUGACUCGGACAAACAAGUAUUCUGGAGCGGAGAUAACAGCAGUAUGCAGAGAGGCUGCCCUUCUGGCCCUACAAGAGGACAUCAAAGCUCAGCACAUCGAGGCCAGACACUUUGAAAGUGCCCUGAACACUGUGAAGCCCCGGAUCCCUGACUCUCUCAUCCAGUCCUAUAUCAGCUAUCAACAACGACACAGCGGCAUGUGCUUCUUCUGACCACACUGUAAUGGACAAAUUAAAAAUGUUUUCUUUUAAGUUUUUUUUUUUUUCCAUUGUGACAUCAUUUUAAUUGUAUAGUUUUUCAACUGCUUCUGGUCCUCUGAACACAUACCUGUCAUCAGUCCUUGGCUCAAAUGAUAAGAUACUGAUACCAUCCACCAGCUGAACAUCAUGAUUACUGGUAUUGGUGAAAGAA